CACACACAACAACCUAGGAUAACCCAUUUAUAAUAUAUUUUUGGAAAAAUUAAAUAUCACAAAAGACGCCAAGAUGAAUCGUAUCGAUAGUACCAUGGAUGACAUGGCCAAUACCAAAUUCCUGACACUCUACAGUACUUUAAUUAAACAGUUUACCACGACAACACAGUUUACUAACACUGAAGUUGUGUGUCUUCUAAUUAUUUAUUACAAAUUCGUGCAGAUCAACGGACCAAAUGCCAAGCAGAUGAAGAAGAAGCAGAUGUACAAUUUAUUUCUCGUGCUCUUUCGCAUCUAUGAUAUGACCAUUAUAGAGCGCAUUUUAUUGAAUAUUACGGCUGAUGUUGUCUAUAUUAGCCCAGAAGCCUGGAUGAAGUUAUUUACCGUGUUUCUGAGCAAGAAGUUGGACGAACGCAUUCAGUUUGCUUAUAAGUUGCCUCAGCAACAGCAACAGCAACAGCUAGAGGCUGUGGCCAGCUGCCCGCCGCGCUAG